GUAAAAAGCUGCCCAAAACAUAACCAGGGAAGGGAGAGACGAAGUGAGCGGACUGUUGUGAAGCCAGUGGAGCUCUAAGUAGAAUACAGGGAGACAUGGGGGAACCAGGCGAUAUAGAAGUGACUGUAAAGACACUAGAUUCUCAGAGCAGAAGUUACAAAGUGAGGAGAGAAUCUACAGUAAGAGAGUUUAAAGAACACAUCUCUACAUCAGUAGGGAUUCCGGUGGAGAAACAAAGGCUCAUCUAUCAGGGCAGGGUAUUGCAGGAUGAGAAGACAUUGGCUGAAUACAAUGUAGACGGGAAAGUCAUCCACCUGGUGGAACGGGCCCCACCCCAGACAUCCCAGCCAGGUGCCGGAGCUGGGAGCAUGUCUGGGACCACCAGCAUGGAGGGGGGCUCCAUACCUCCCCACUCUUCCUCUUCUACCUCCCAGGGUAUAUCACACAUGCCCCCACAUGAUCGCAAUGCCAACAGCUACGUUAUGCUUGGGACCUUUAACCUCCCUGUGAACAUUAUGGACCCCCAGCAGAUCCAGAUGUCAGUUCAGCAAGUGAUUUCAGGCCUAGGAGAAAGUGCGAGAAAUGCAAGGGUCAGCACCAGCACUAGUGGCACCGGCUCUGUGGAUGUUCAUAUUAAUAUCGACCAAUCAGUGCAGAGCGAGCCCAGACUCAGGUUGCUCUUGGCAGAGAACUUGUUGAGGGACAUGGACUCUCUCAUCAUCAGGCUGGAGGGCCAGCUCAGUGGAACCUCAUCCCCCCAGGAGUCCGGUGUCACCAGCUCUCCCUCAUCCACCUCAGGUCUACCUGAACAGCCCAUGGAUACCUCUCCCACUCCUCCUCCACCCCCACCACCUUCCUCCUCUACCUCCACUCAGAUGGAUGGACCCCCACAAUCUGGACCCAAUCACCCCAGCCCUGCAGAGUUUGUGGAUGUGCUGUCAGAGAUGCGAAGAGUGGAGGACAGGCUGCAGCCCUUCAUUCAGAGAGCACACUCAAUCCUGAGUUCUGCAACCACAGCAGACUACAACAACAAUACACAGGAAAGAGAGGAAGACCAGCGCAUUUUGAACCUGGUGGGGGAGGCCCUCCGUCUCUUGGGCAAUGCCCUAGUUGCCCUGAGUGAUCUGCGGUGCAACUUGUUGACUUCCCCUCCCCGCCACUUGCAUGUCAUCCGACCCAUGUCCCACUACACCUCCCCUGUUGUCCUGCCUGGCGGGGUGCACCACAUGCCCAUACCGGUGAACAUGGGAGCCACUGUGUCCAUGACCACCAAUGGGAGGCAGAAUGUUGAAGUUGGUUCCUCACCCACUCAGUUUCCCGGCCAAUCGGAACAGCAAGACAGUGGGCAGGUGCCGCCUCCUCAGCAGACUACUGCCAAUCAGCAGCCAGGACAAGGACACACAGGACCAAGGGUUAUCAGGAUUAGUCAUCAAACCAGGGAACCUGUAGUUGUAAUGCAAAUGAAUCUAGAUGACUCGAGUAAUGCUCCUCAGGCUCCAGGACAACAGAGCAGCACUGGAACUGGACAGUCUGGUCCCACGCCACCUGUCUUCAUCCCUGGCCUGCCACCUGAGAUCAUGCAAGCCAUUGUUCAGCAGGUCACUCAGCAAGCCAUAGCUAUGGCUACUGCAGCUGCAUCUUCUGCUGGCCCUGGCCCAAACGUGGGUGUUAAUACCACUAGUUCCACCACACCACCACCUCCUCCCCAAGCCAGGGUGGUGAUCACACGGCCUUCCUUUACCCCCCAGACCCCCCAGUCUGGUGCAGGUGCCCGAGCAGCUACUAUUAAUCUAAGGGCAACUGUUCCCCCACCUGGGGGGCAGCAGCCAGUUCAGCCUAACCCCCUCCCUCCUUCCUCUCUCAUGCAGAUGAUUAAUGGCCUAGUUGGGCAGCUGCUGAUGCCUGUUCACGUGGCUGAUCACACUUCUACUUCUUCAUCUUCGCAUUCAUUUUCCUUUUCUUCCUCGUCCUCUAACACUGUCCCCACAACUUCUACGGGCAACACACCUCACCAGUCAGAGAACGGAGGCCCCACUGUCCCUGGAAACGCAUCCCAGUCUCAUGCUUCAACACCAGAGGCAAACCUAGCCCAGCUGCUGGGUUCUUUGUUGGGUGGAGGCACAGGAGCUGGGCCUGUUGGCUCAGGAACAUCUCCCUCCAUUUCUGUCACCAUGCCUGGUAUCCCUUCCUUUAUACAAGGAGUCACAGAUUUCAUACAGGCAACCCAGCCCAUUUUCCCCCCACCCUCAUCUGCCCAACAAGCUUCCUCUGCCACCUCAACCCCUACCCCACCACCUGGAACCACACCCACACCAACCCCCUCUUCCACUCCUGGCUCUGUCCCCAACCAGGGCGAGACGCUGAACCCAGAGCUUUUCACUGGAAUCAUUCAGGGUGUUCUUUCCACCCUGAUGGGUUCCCUUGGAGCAACUCAGAACAAUACUGAAACAAUUGCUCAGUUUAUCCAGCGCCUGUCCCAGACUGAGAACAUAUUUGCACCCAGCACUGGGGAUGCCAUUGGGUUCUUUGGGGACUUACUGUCCCUCAUAUGCCAGAGUUUUUCCAUGUUGGACAUGGUGCUUCUUCUGCAUGGCCAGCACCAGCCACUGAGCCGCAUCCAGCCCCAGCUCACUCAGUUCUUCACUGAGCACUAUCUGCAUGGGAGGGAACCCACAGAUGCCAACAUUGCUGCUUCAGCUGAUGACCUCAUCGAUGGUCUUGAAGAGUACAUUGCAGAAACAUUUUCUACAGCAUCAGUGCUGGAAGGAGUGGAUAUCACCCAGACCAAUUUGUCCUUCCUUAGGCAACAGUUCAUGCAAAUAGCUACACACAUUCUGCGUUGCACAGAUCAUACCUUUGGCAGUCGAUUGCUGUUGAUGUGCAACCAGGCUCUGUUUGAAUGUCUGGCCCUCAAUCUGUUCUGUCUGCAAGGGGAACAGAGCGCCCUCACGGCUGUCAUCAACAAUCGCAUAAGGAGAAUGUCUGCAGAAGUGAACCCCAGUCUAGUGAACUGGCUGACUAGCAUGAUGGCAAUGCGGUUGCAGGUCAUCCUGGAGCACAUCCCAGUGACAGAAGACCAAAUACAGCAUUAUGUCGUCCAUACACAGAGUGUUUCUGCAGAGGCAGACAGGUUGGGUUCUGCACAAAUGCAGGAGGUUCCGACUGUGGAGAUGGAGGAGGGUCUCUCUCCCACUCCCGCCACCACAGCAGAGGAGGCCAUGGCAUUGCCACAGGAUGCUGGGAAUGAGCCUGUGGUAGCACCCCCUGGAGUAACCACAGCUACUGGAGGGGCUUUGCCUGGCGAGACGAAAGGAGCCGCAGGAGGCAGGGAGGAAUCGGCAGAGGAUGUGGAGGUCUGGGCAGCAGCUGUUCCUCCUGAGUGGGUGCCCAUUAUCAGGCAGGACAUAAUCUCCCAGAGGAAGGUGAAGGCCCAGCCACCUCUGUCUGAUGCCUAUUUACAAGGGAUGCCUGCUAAACGUAGAAAGACAGUGCAAGGGGAAGGGCCCCAUCUGUCUCUCGCAGAAGCUGUAUGUCGGGCAGCAAAGUCUGUUGGAGUCAAGCCCAUCACUGCCUCAGAGAACCUCCGGAGGGAACUGGAGAGUCCUCAGCUUCAGGAAGCAUACACAGAGCAGGUGAAAUGUGACAUCAGGAAGCGAGUACAGGACGACCCUGACUUCAAUGCUAAGAGAUUCCCCAACACACAAAGGGCUUUCUCUAUAGACUCUUAACCCUACUGAUCAACACACGACAGCAUUGUAUGUAUAAUCACUUUUCGAACCACUGUUCCUUACAAGCCUUUUGAUUGCUUUGAUGGAGCUCAGAAUUCCAAAACCUGUCAGAAACUAACUUCCAGCCUCUAGUGUUCUAGUUUAAAAAAAAAAGAAAAAACAAUCAUGUUGGGCUGUCAGUCAUCUAGGCUGCUUUUUCAUUGCUGGAAUCAUAUUUUCUACAGCCUAUUUUGCACAGUUAUGAACAAGACUCCCAUCUGGCCUCUUUACUAUAGGGUCUCAUAGUAAGGUUCUCCUGUUCAAUCUGAGGUUUAACUCUUCCUGAAAACACAGAGGUCUGUCUGUGUCAGAUCUUUUCCCUUCUUGUGCCUCAAAUUUGAAUGCAGUUCAGAGAUUGUCUUGUGAGUCAUUGAGAAGGUAUUCACAACCAUACCUCUGAAUCUGCAGAGGUAGAGCUCGCUCUCUCUUCAGCUGCUCUAGCUCACAGGCUCUCUGAUCUUCCUGUACCUCAUCUAUGUGUGCGCUUUGUUUUCGCAGUAAGUUUUGUGUGUGCGUGCGUGAAAAUAUGCAGGACUACAUGGCAACAUGUCAAGUACUGGUGAUAAUGCAGAUUUAUAAAUGCUUGAACUUCAUGGCUAUGUUUUAAUGUUUUAAGAGCUCAUCACAGAACUAGAAGCUGUUCAUAGAGGUGAAUUAAAUCUGAUUUACUAUACUAAUCAUCAGCUUAAUUACUCUAAGGAAGUCACACACCAUUAACGCUGUUAGAACCAUGAGAAUUGCUUUCUGUCAUUUCAUGCAAACUGCUUUUAUCCAGUUUAUUUUUGUUUGCUAAUGAAUGCAGAUGGAUCUGAAAUAAUUUAAAUUACAAUUAAAUCUUACACUAUUAAAGUAUUACUUGCCGUGUUUAUGAACGACAA